AUGUUACGAAAAGGUACGUUUCUUUUCAACGUCUCAUGGGGUAGCCAGAUUUCACAACAUCUUUUCAACACUGAGAAUGUUAGUUGUAUCAUAGUACAGAUCGAUCGUGUAUUAACCACCAUAGUUCAUCUCUUGAUCUUCAGUCAGAAUCCGCCAGCUGCAGCUGUAGCCGACGAAGAAGACGAUGAGGUUGUACACAACAGCCAGGAAGCAGUAGAUCCACCUGCAAAGCCUGCGGAUGAAAAGCUUCUGAAGGAACCUCACGAGAUACUUGCCCUAUACAAACGCCUUACCGGUAUUGUGCGUAAACCCCCAGAAAAAGUAGAAGAUCCAUUGAGAAAUGGUAUGGUCUGCGAUUCGAAGUUUUUCGUCUGCGCUGUCUAG